AUGAUCCAUGAGGCCGACACUACGGAGGACCAGUCUGGUGAGACCACCAACAGACAUCAUCUGUCCCUUCUACACUCAACCAGACCCGUUGAAUUAGUGGGCUUCUCUGCUCUGUUAAAUGAGCUUUGAUAUAAUAAUUUAGAAUAGAGAUACUAGAAAGGAAUAGAGAUACUAUACUGUGUGCUAUACAAUAUCCUGAAGAAAGAUACAAAUUCAGCUCUGUCACAUUAUCUAUGGUUGCAAAAUUCUGGUAUUUUUUCCCAAUAUUCCCAGGUUUUCCAGAAAUCCCAGGUUUUCCAGAAAUCCGGUUGAAUUAUUCCGGAAUCAGGAUGGAAUAUACAGGAAAUCUGGGAAUCUUCCAACUAGGAUUUCUGGGAAUUUUGGAAAAGAUUAAUCAUCCCUCUGUAAGUCUAAUGCAUCUCCUGUUUUCCUUCAGGUGCCACCUUUGACAAGAGCUCAGCUACAUGGCACACACUGUCUUGCGUGGCUGGGCUCUGCAACCGCGCUGAGUUUAAAGCUGGGCAGGAAAAGUUCCCCAUCCUCAAGGUAGGGGAUGGCCACUAUACACCCAUACCAGCGGUGGCUGAUGAGGAGAGGAUGGCUUAUAGUAAUGACUGGAAUGGAAUGAUUGAUACAGUAUGAGUCUGUCGUCCGAUUUAAAGGGGCCCCAAUGACCAUUAACCAUGCGACUAAGUGUAAUUUAGACACACCUGGCCACAUUGAAUCUAACAACACAAAACCCAUUCCUCCUAACUGUUACAAUAGCAAUACCCACAUGAAAUAAUACUACAGUUUACUAUAGAAUACUACAGUACUUACUAUAUAGUUCUAUAGUAUACGGUAGAAUAGUAUACGACACACUGUAGUAUCCCUCCAAUCAUGUGCAGUACUUACUAUAGAAUGUUGUAGUAUACUGUAGAAUACUAUAGUAAAUACUACAGUAAUGUCUGCAAAAACACUACACUUUUUUGACUAUAGUAAAUACUACAGUAUUUAAUUUGCAUAUACCCUGCCCUCCCCCAUAUCAUAAUUUGUGCCAGACAUAAUUGAGAAACCUAGAUGGCAAUUAUAGGCCAUAUUGUGUUCCCUACACGUUAUAGAAAAGAGCAGAAGCUCUGAACUAUCCGUUCAGACCCCAGUCCUACCUACUUACAAGUUAUGGAAAAUGUGCCCUUUUAGUAUUUCUCCAGUAGGUGUUCUGAAGGAGAAGCCUCCACUUCUAUGUCAAAGAUAAUUAAGCAAAAAUAUUAUAGUAAAUACCAAAGUAAUGCCCACAAAAACACUACAGUAAAUAAUACAGUAUACUACAAUCUGCAAAAACACUACAUUAAUUACUAUAGGAUAUACUACAGUUUUCUUUUACUACAGUUUUUAUACUAUAGUUAACUGUAAAUACUACAGUGAAUACUAUAGUAUUUAUACCAUUGUAUGCUAUAGUAUUUUUUCAUGUGGGUAGUCACAUACUAAACCAAUUGUCAGUCAGCAAUCCAUUCUGACAACGUGAAUAGACUGUCUCCUGCUGACUGUUUGAUGUUGUGUUGUUUUGUAGAGGGACACUGCUGGCGACGCGUCAGAGUCUGCUCUGUUGAAAUGUAUCGAGCUCUCCUGUGGGUGUGUCCGCUCUAUGAGAGACAGAAACCCCAAGGUGGGAGAGAUUCCCUUCAACUCUACCAACAAGUACCAGGUAUACAAUUACCCCCUAUAACGUGGCCAUUUACAACACCAAACAUACAGCAACUGCAUAAACAAACUUUUUUUAAUUGUUGUACAAACAGACCUACAGAACAAUCUACAAUUCAGAAGUAUUUUGAACCACAAGAACCACUAAAUAUUUAAUGACUGCAAUGAUAAAAGAGUAAAACGUGUAUAUAUAUAUACUCUUAUCUUCUAACUUCCUUCUGAAAGCUUUCCAUUCAUGAACAUGAAGACAAUGAAAAUGGCCACCUACUCGUUAUGAAGGGAGCACCUGAGAGAAUAUUGGACAGGUAUUUAUUUACAUCAAAACUGUGUGUCCCUCAAUAGGUAAAUACCAUAGUCACAGAAGCCAUUAUGCCAAAGAUGCAUAGAUGUGCCCUCUAUCCAACUCUGUGGCAAAUACAGUGCAUUCGGAAAGUAUUUCAGACCCCUUGUUACGUUACAGCCUUAUUCUAAAAUGGAUUAAAUUGUUUUUUUCCCCUUCAACAAUCUACACACAAUACCCCAUAAUGACAAAGUAAAAAGAGGUUUAUAGAAAUUCUUGCAAAUUUCUUAAAAAUAAAAAACUGAAAUAACACAUUUACAUAAGUAUUCAGACCCUUUACUCAGUACUUUGUUGAAGCACCUUUGGCAGUGAUUACAGCCUCAAGUCUUCUUGGGUAUGACGCUACAAGCUUGGCACACCUGUAUUUGGGGAGUUUCUCCAAUUAUUCUCUGCAGAUCCUCUCAAGCUCUGUCAGGUUGGAUGGGGAACGUCGCUAUACAGCUAUUUCAGGUGUCUCCAGAGAUGUUCGAUCGGGUUCAAGUCCGGGCUCUGGCUGGGCCACUCAAGGACAUUCAGAGACUUCUCCCGAAGCCACUCCUGCGUUGUCUUGGCUGUGUGCUUAGGGUCGUUGUCCUGUUGGAAGGUGAACCUUCGCCCCAGUCUGAGGUCCUGAGCGCUCUGGAGAAGGUUUUCAUCAAGGAUCUCUCUGCACUUUGCUCUGUUCAUCUUUCCCUCGAUCCUGACUAGUCUCCCAGUUCCUGCCGCUGAAAAAACAUCCCCAUAGCAUGAUGCUGCCACCACCAUGCUUCACCGUAGGGAUGGUACCAGGUUUCCGCCAGACGUGACGCUUGGCAUUCAGGCCAAAGAGUUCAAUCUUGGUUUCACCAGACCAGAGAAUCUUGUUUCUUAUGGUCUGAGAGUCCUUUAGGUGCCUUUUGGCAAAUUCCAAGUGGGCUGUCAUGUGCCUUUUACUGAGGAGUGGCUUCUGUCUGGCCACUCUACCAUAAAGGCCUGAUUGGUGGAGUGCUGCAGAGAUGGUUGUCCUUCUGGAAGGUUCUCCCAUCUCCAUAGAGGAACUAUGGAGCUCCAUCAGAGUGACCAUCGGGUUCUUGGUAACCUCCUUGACCAACGCCCUUCUCCCCCGAUUGCUCAGUUUGGCCGGGCGGCCAGCUCUAGGAAGAGUCUUGGUUGUUCCAAACUUCUUCCAUUUAAGAAUGAUGGAGGCCACUGUGUUCUUGGGGACCUUCAAUGCUGCAGACAUUUUUUGGUACCCUUCCCCAGAUCUGUGCCUCGACACAAUCCUGUCUCGGAGCUCUACGGACAAUUCCUUCAACCUCAUGGCUUGGUCAGCUGUGAGACCUUAUAUAGACAGGUGUGUGCCUUUCCAAAUCAUGUCCAAUCAAUUGAAUUUACCACAGGUGGACUCCAAUCAAGUUGUACAAACAUCUCAAGGAUGAUCAAUGGAAACAGGAUGCACCUGAGCUCAAUUUCAAGUCUCAUAGCAAAGGGUCUGAAUACUUAUGUAAAUAAAGUAUUUCUGUGUUUUAGGUUUUAUAAAUUUGCAAAAAAUUCUAAAAACCAGUUUUCUCUUUGUCAUUAUGGGGUAUUGUUUGUAGAUUGAUGAGGAUAUAUAUAUAUAAUUUUAAUCCAGUUUAAAAUAAGGCUGUAAUGUAACAAUGUGGAAAAAGGGAAGGGGUCUGAAUACUUUCCGAAUGCACUGUACAUAUCUCACUGAUUGACAACAACAGGUGAAUAACUCCUAUGUUUUGUGCAUCUCUUAGGUGUAGUACCAUCAUGAUCCACGGUCAGGAGGUUCCAAUGGAUGCCAACUGGAACGAAGCUUUCCAGAGUGCCUACAUGGAGCUGGGAGGGCUGGGAGAGAGAGUUCUAGGUACGUACAGUACAGUAUAAAGAGUGCCAUUUGGGACUCAACUAUGUUUUAUAUCUCCAGACCACACAUGCCCCCUGGUCGUUGUCUGUGCCCUUCCUUUAUGUGUCCCCUCUCAAUCUGUAUCUCCCUAUCUGUUCCUUACAUCUUUCCUGUCAUAGAAACUCAAUCAAAUACAAAAGCAGAUUUGAACCUUGAUAUCUAAAAAAUGUCUCUGUCUGUUGUCUCUCUCUCCCUCAGGGUUCUGUCACUUGCCACUGUCUCCGGCCCAGUUCCCUCGGGGGUUCACCUUCGACUGUGAGGAGGUCAACUUCCCUACGGAGGGGCUGUGUUUCGUGGGCCUCAUGUCCAUGAUUGACCCUCCCCGCGCUGCCGUGCCCGACGCUGUGGGGAAGUGCCGCUCCGCCGGGAUUAAGGUGAGUCAUCAACCAAGAAAGGUCGCAAAAUUCCCUGUAACUUUAGCAAAAUUCUCAGGUUUUCCAGAAAUCACGGAAGAGUCCCGGAAUAAGCGUGAAAUCUAGGAAUCCUCAUACCGUGAUUUCUGGAAAACCUGGGAAUUUUGGGAAAGUUACUGGAAUUUUGCAACCCUACAACCAAUUAACCAAUCAGCCAACACAUCCAAACAUGUCUCAUUGGGUCCAAUCAGAAGAGCGAUAAUGUUAGGCUAACACAUACAUGUUCAUGAUAAAUGAGAAAAACAGAAAGCAAAAAAGAUGGCAAUGUGUAUAAGUUAGCACAGGCACGAAUGUCAUAAAUGAGCAAAACAGAGAAAAAAACAACAACAGAUUGUUGUAUGUGGUGACAGGUAACGAUGAUAUAUGUUGUGCUUAUAGUUGUGAUGAUGUGCUAUUAAUGGUCCUCUAUGCCGCCAGGUUAUUAUGGUGACAGGCGACCAUCCAAUCACUGCUAAAGCCAUCGCUAAAGGCGUGGGCAUCAUCUCCGAGGGCAACGAGACUGUGGAGGACAUCGCUGAAAGGCUGAAUAUUCCACUGAGCCAAGUCAACCCCAGGUGUGUGCGUGUGCGUGCGUGCCUGUGUGUGUGUGCGCCUGUGUGCGAGCGCUCAUGUGUGAUUUUGCACACGCUCGUGUGUGUAUUUGUGUUGUUUCUCACUAUCGGCUUGUAUCUGUGUCUCUCCCCCAGGGAUGCCAAGGCCUGUGUGGUGCACGGGGGGGACCUGAAGGACAUGAGCGCAGAAUACUUGGAUGACCUGCUCAGGAACCACACUGAGAUAGUGUUCGCCCGCACCUCACCUCAGCAGAAACUCAUAAUUGUAGAGGGCUGCCAGAGAACGGUGAAAGGACGUCUGUGUGCGUGUGUGCAUGUGUGAAUGCGAGUGUGUGUGUGUGUGUGUGUGUAUGUGUGUGUGUUUGAGUCACUCUAUAAUUAAAGCAUGGUUUGGAGUUAGGAAUUUUGAAUCUAUUCUCCUGUUCAGAGUUUGAUAUUGUGGGGCUAUUAUUCUAUAGAAAAGUAUUUGAUGGGAAAAUGGCUCCAAAAUUGACAGAGACAAACACUGCAUUUAUCUCCCAUUCACAGCAGUGAACUAAAAUAUUUCUUAUUUCCUGACCCUUUGUUCUCUUGUUCUAGGGGGCAAUCGUUGCGGUUACUGGGGAUGGAGUGAAUGACUCACCUGCCCUGAAGAAGGCUGAUAUUGGGGUUGCCAUGGGGAUCGCUGGGUCUGAUGUCUCCAAGCAGGCUGCUGACAUGAUCCUCCUGGACGACAACUUUGCCUCUAUCGUCACAGGAGUGGAGGAAGGUAAGGAAGGAAGGAAGAGAGAGAGAGAGAAAGAAAGUGAAAAAAAGUGAAAUACUGUAAUUCAAUCAACUUAUCUGUUCUUAUUCAAUCCCAAACAGGCCGUCUGAUCUUUGAUAACUUGAAAAAGUCCAUUGCCUACACCCUGACCAGUAACAUUCCAGAGAUCAGCCCUUUCCUCCUCUUCAUCAUCGCCAGCAUUCCCCUGCCCCUGGGCACUGUCACCAUCCUCUGUAUCGACCUGGGAACUGACAUGGUGAGGACCUGCCAUGCUGACUGGAAAAGGAAAACCCGCACUGAAAUAGUCUUGGGGCGGUUUCCCGGACACAGAUUAAUCCUUAUUCCUGGACUAAAAACCAUGUUGAAUCUCAAUUGAAAGUAAUUUUUAGUCCAGGAUUAGUCUUACAGCUGGUUGUGACUGUGAGUGUCAAGGAGUAGAGAUAUGAUGAGUCAACAUGGCCAGUCAUAGAAUCAAGAAUUUGCAUGCUCGACUCAAUAGUUCAUAAUCAAAAGUAUUUGGGUGCAGGGUUUAAAAGGCAGAUCAACUGUGAAAGUAAAACCCACACUCACUGAAAUAGUUGUAAUAUUCUUUAGCAGUCAGUUUAUUUGAUCUCUUCUGCUGCUGCUAAAGAACAUUAAAACUAUUUCAGUGAGUGUGAGUUUUACUUUCACAGUUUUAUAUGCCUUUUAAACCCUGCACCCAAAGACUUUUGAUUAUGAACUAUUGAGUCGAGCAUGCGAAUUCUUGAUUCUAUGACUGGCAUCAUAUCUCUACUCCUUGACACUCACAGUCACGACCAGCCGUUCUCUUAGAUUGAUCAUACACUACCUUACAAUCUAUUAGUCCCAACUGCCCUGCCCUGGGUCAGGGUGAGAGCUGCUAAAUCCACUAAAGCAAACUGGUUUUGUAUCCACUCUGCUGUGUGGAUUCUGAUCUCACAAGUCCAUUUCCCACCUUAACGCACACACAUUGCCCACAUGGGUUGCCUCACUACCUCAACCAACACAGGCUUUAUUAGACCACCCGGUCAACAGACCCAUGCCCAUAUCAGAGGACACAGGGCAUGCCUAUCCACACAGCCCACACCAGCCCAACAUGGCUAGCCUACAACAACCCAACACAGGCUAGCCCACACCGUCCAAGACGGACAGCCCAUACCAGCCCACACCAAGCCCACUCAGCCCACACCAAGCCCACACAGGCUAGCCCACACACCAAGCCCACACACUGCCCAACACGGGCAAGCCCAGCACGGGCUAGUCCACACCAAGCCCAGCACGGGCUAGCCCACACCAAGCCCAGCACGGGCUAGCCCACACCAAGCCCAGCACGGGCUAGCCCACACCAAGCCCAGCACAGGCUAGCCCAUACCAAGCCCAGCUAGAGGCUAGCCCACACCAAGCCCAGCACAGGCUAACCCACACCAAGCCCAGCACAGGCUAGCCCACACCAAGCCCAGCACGGGCUAACCCACACCAAGCCCAGCACGGGCUAGCCCACACCAAGCCCAGCACGGGCUAGCCCACACCAAGCCCAGCACGGGCUAGCCCACACCAAAGCCCAGCACGGGCUAGCCCACACCAAGCCCAGCACGGGUCUAGCCCACACCAAGCCCAGCACGGGCUAGCCCACACCAAGCCCAGCACAGGCUAGCCCACACCAAGCCCAGCAACGAGGCUAGCCCAUACCAAGCCCAGCUAGAGGCUAGCCCACACCAAGCCCAGCACAGGUUAACCCACACCAAGCCCAGCACGGCUAACCACACAAGCCCAGCACGCUAGCCCCAAGCCACGGGCUAGUCCACACCAAGCCCAGCACGGGCUAGUCCACACCAAGCCCAGCACGGGCUAGCCCAUACCAAGCCAGCACGGGCUAGCCCACACCAAGCCCAGCACGGGCUAGCCCACACCAAGCCCAGCACGGGCUAGCCCACACCAAGCCCAGCACGGGCUAGCCCACACCAAGCCCAGCACGGGCUAGCCCACACCAAGCCCAGCACGGGCUAGCCCACACCAAGCCCAGCACGGGCUAGCCCACACCAAGCCCAGCACGGGCUAGCCCACACCAAGCCCAGCACGGGCUAGCCCACACCAAGCCCAGCACGGGCUAGCCCACACCAAGCCCAGCACGGGCUAGCCCACACCAAGCCCAGCACGGGCUAGCCCACACCAAACCCAGCUAGAGGCGGGGGCUCAUUAGAAUAUUUGGGGCCGUGAUUUGCACAUAGUUCUUUUUGUGCAACUGUUACUGAGUGUCUUUCCAGUUUAAGGGUUAUGUUAUGUGAUGCCCACAUUUUGGUGAUCUUGUACAAUGACAAUGAUGACGUCUUUAAAAAUACUUGUGACAUAUGAGAAACUUAGCAGUUUCCCUUGUAUGAAAAAAUAUAUGUAUGAUAGUAACAACUUGGUUGUCUUUCUGAUGCAAUGUAUCACUUUCCCUAAAUACCUUUAAGGCUAAUAAAUUAUGCACUUUAAGCAUUGAAUUGAAAGUGUCACAAAUAAAUUAUAAAUAAUUUCUUAUUAAAUAGAAAAAGUGCAUUGGCCCAAUGUUGGCAGCCUACAUGGGGCCAAUAUUUUAGCCCGCAUUGGGCCCACAUCGUGCCAAUGUGGGCAUGUUUGCUGCGUAUAGCUUUAUCACAUUGUUCUGUCUGUCAUACAUUCUCUCACACUCCUCUCUCUCCUUCUCUCGCUCCCUUGCUCUCUCUCUCUCCGUCUCUUUCUCUCUCUCUCCUCUCCCCCCUCUCUCUCCCUCCCCCCUCUCUGUCUGGGUCCAGGUUCCUGCUAUCUCAUUGGCCUACGAGACGGCUGAGAGUGACAUCAUGAAGCGUCAGCCCCGGUGCCCAAAGACGGACAAGCUGGUGAACGACAGACUGAUCAGCAUGGCCUACGGACAGAUAGGUCAGAAUACCUCCUCCCCUUGCAGGCUCAUCCAUGGGUCUGUGUCCUAAAUGGCACCCUAUCAUGGGCCCUGGUCAAAAGUAGUGCACUAUAUAGGGAAUAGGUUUCCACCCUUGUGUCUGUCCACCAUAUGAUAUCCUAUAAAAUGAACUAAAACACACACAUCAAUGGUGGAACUCAAAUCUACACAAAUACUAUGAUGUAGUGUAACAAAUGAUUUUGUAUGCAUCCUAAAUGGCCCCCUAUCAUGGGAUCUGGUCAAAAGUGGUGCACAAAAUAGUGAAUGGGGUGCCAUUUCAGACGCACAGAUUGCCUUUUUACCCUCUGUUAUUCAUGCCAGUUAUUGAAAGUUACACUGAGUGUAGAAGACAUUAGGAACACCUUCCUAAUAUUGAGUUGCUUCCCCUUUUGCCCUGAGAACAGCCUCAAUUCGUCAGGGCAUGGACUCUACAAGAUGUCGAAAGCGUUACACAGGGAUGCUGGCCCAUGUUGACUCCAAUGCUUCCCACAGUUGUGUCAAGUUGGCUGGAUGUCCUUUGGGUGGUGGACCAUUCUUGAUACACACUGGAAACUAUUGAGCGUGAAUACACUCAAACCGGUGCGCCUGGCACCUACUACCAUACCCCGUUCAAAGGCACUUAAAUAUUUUGUCUUGCCCAUUCAACCUCUGAAUGGCACACAUACACAAUCCAUGUCUCAGUUGUCUCAAUGCUUAAAAAUCCUUCUUAAAUCUAUCUCCUCCCCUUCAUCUACACUGAUUGAAGUGGAUUUAACAAGUGGCAUCAAUAAGGGAUCAUAGCUUUCACUUGAUUCACCUGGUCAGUCUAUGUCAUGUUUGUUCACUCGGUGUAUAUUGUGCUGAUGGACUUGUCUCUUUCUCUCCAGGUAUGAUCCAGGCCGUAGCAGGUUUCUUCACCUACUUUGUGAUCCUGGCUGAGAAUGGCUUCUGGCCAGGGACCCUCCUUGGCAUCCGUCUGAACUGGGAUGAUCGUGCUAACAACGAGGUGGAGGACAGCUAUGGACAGCAGUGGGUGAGAAUGAGAGGGUUUAACAUACAUAGCACUUACGGAUUGGAGCGAAAGGUUAAAGGUCCAUGCAGUCAGUAGCUAUAUUUUAAGCAGAGCCACACCAAGUUACUACAACAGUUUUUAUUUUUUAAGUAAACUUGCACACCUUGACGUACUACCAGGUGCAUGGAGAAAAAAUGGUGGUCAUGGUGGUCAAUAAAAAGAAAAAUUCCAGCACACUCGUAAUUUUGAUGCUUCCAACAAUUGAAUGGAUCUAAAUGGUUGGAUGCAUCAAAAUUACCUGUGUGCUGGAGUUUUUCUUUUUAUUGACUACAACAGGUGUAAGAUGUGUUUCCUUUUGCAGACCUAUGAGCAGCGAAAGAUCAUUGAGUUCACCUGUCAUACCUCGUUCUUUGCGAGCAUCGUGGUAGUGCAGUGGGCUGAUCUGGUUAUCUGCAAGACCAGGAGGAACUCUGUCUUCCAGCAGGGCAUGAAGUAAGUGGAAAAGGAUGCGUCUCAAAUGGCACCCGAUCCCCCAUAUAAUGCACUACUUUUGACCAUGGCCCAUAGGGCUCUGGUCAAAAGUAGUGUACUAUAUAGGGAAUAGGGUGCCAUUUGGGACACACACACAAUGUAAGAGAUGAUUUUUGACUUUGUAUAAGUAGUAGGCUUAUGGUUAUUUAUUAAAAAUUGUGCCCUUUUCUUGCUGAACUAUUUCCUGUAUUCACCUCUUCCAUCCCCAUUUCCUUAACAGGAAUCGUAUCCUGAUCUUUGGCCUGUUUGCUGAGACUGCUCUGGCUGCCUUCCUGUCCUACUGCCCAGGAAUGGACAUCGCCCUCCGCAUGUACCCCCUGAAGUCAGUAAUAGACAACACACUCUCCACCCUACCCUAAAAGCAAUGACAUCCUAUCCCCAACACCCCCGUUUUUCAUUCUACCCCAAAACUACUAAGUCCCUCACGUGCCUUUCUCAUAUCACACUUUCUCAUAUACAUGGAUUUUACAAUGAACUACCCCUGAAGUCACUCAAAAAUCCCCAGCCUCAACACCUCCAAAACAUGUCCCACAAAUGAUUUCCUCACACCCUCAUCACAUCCUCGUAUCACCCCAAUGAUUCUGAGGGUGAAUCUGCAUGGAUUAUCAAUAUGUUACGAAUUGCAAUUUGUACAAUAUGUUACGAAUUCCAAUCAAAUCAAAUUGUAUUUGCCACAUGCGCCGAAUACAACAGAUGUAGACCUUGCAGUGAAAUGCUUACUUAGAAGCCUUUAACCAACAAUGCAGUUUUUAAAGAAAAAAAUUGAUAAGUAAAAAAUAGAAAAUAGAAAAUAAUUAAAGAGCAGCAGUAAAAUAAAAUAACAGUAGGGAGGCUAUAUAUAGAGGGUACCGGUACAGAGUCAAUGUGCGGGGGCACCGGUUAGUCGAGGUAAUUGGAUAGCUAACCAAACAAUAGCUGGAACGACCUAGCUUUAAUAUUUGGAGACGCUUUCUCUCCGUUGGGACAGACACGAACUGGCUGAAUCGAUUCAGUGGCUAGCUUUGCACUUAACUGCCUAACAGUAGCUACUAAUGGUAAGUUAUAACCUACAUUUAUUUUUGUUUUGUUUUUACAUACUGGUAACAAGAGUCGUUCAAGGGAAUUCGGGACAUGGGUGACUAGUUAACGUUAGCAUGGCUCUCUGUGUGUUCGUGCCAUGGGAGGAGGGGUUCGUUCGUUGGCAGAGAGCAAUGGCUAGCUAGUAUGCUAACUAUUCUAGCUAACUAACUGGCUGAAUAAGUUGACGACGUACUCACUCAAACUGUCAAAACGAACCCAAAACUUUACACAACACGGACACGAAUGAUCUGCUUUGUGUGUUAACACACUGGUGGUUUGUUGUAACCAAGUAUUGGUGCUAAACCUUGUUAUUGGAGGCUGGCAUGCUAGUUGGCUUUGGCGUCAUAGGAUUCGGUGCCCUAGACGGUUUUCACAGAAGAAUACUGUACCAAGUUAGCUAGCUGAAUAAACUAGUUAGAUUCCUAGAAAACAUUAAACCGCUGUAGUUUACAACAAUUAUAAUUUCUAAAGUGGAAGUUGGGAGAUAUAUUUGAGAGUUUCAGUGAAACGUAAGUGAGGGAGGCCCCGCUCUCGCUUUCCCAGAUGUUUAGUUAAUUUCAUUCCGAUCUCCUUUGCAUUAUUGUAGCCUUUUUCUGUAGCCUGUCAAAGAUGUGUCUGUCUAUCCCUGUUCUCUCCUCUCUGCACAGGCCAUACAAAGGCUUCACACCACGUGGCUGUUGCCACUCUAAUCUGGUGGUCCCUGCGCGCACGACCCACGUGGAGUUCCAGGUCUCUGGCAGCCUAUGGAACUGCCGUUCUGUGGCCAACAAGGCAGAGUUCAUCUCAGCCUAUGCUACCCUCCAGUCCCUCGACUUCUUGGAGCUGACGGAAACAUGGAUUACCACAGAAAACACUGCUACUCCUACUGCUCUUUCCUUGUCUAACCAUGUGUUCUCGCAUACCCCGAGAGCAUCUGGUCAGCGCGGCGGUGGCACAGUAAUCCUCAUCUCUCCCAAGUGGACAUUCUCUCUUUAUUCCCUGACCCAUCAUGCUGUCACAGUCACUAGCCCAUUCAAGCUUAACAUCCUUGUCAUUUAUCGCCCUCCAGGUUCCCUUGGAGAGUUCAUCAAUGAGCUUGACGCCUUGAUAAGUUCCUUUCCUGAGGAUGGCUCACUCCUCCCAGUUCUGGGUGACUUUAACCUCCCUACGUCUGCCUUUGACUCAUUUCUCUCUGCCUCCUUCUUUCCACUCCUCUCCUCUUUUGACCUCACCCGCUGAUCGUCCCCCCCCCCCUACUCACAAGGCAGGCAAUACGCUUGACCUCAUCUUUACUAGAUGCUGGUCUUCUACUAAUCUCACUGCAACUCCCCUCCAAGUCUCCGACCACUACUUUGUAUCCUUUUCUCUCUCGCUCUCCUCCAACACUACUCACUCUGCCCCUACUCAGAUGGUAAUGUGCCGUCGCAACCUUUGCUCUCUCUCUCCCGCUACUCUCUCCUCUUCCAUCCUAUCAUCUCUUCCCUCUGCUAAAUCCUUCUCCCUCCGAUCUCCUGAUUCUGCCUCCUCAACCCUCCUCUCCUCCCUUUCUGCAUAUUUUGACUCUCUAUGUCCCCUAUCCUUCCGGCCGGCUCGGUCCUCCCCUCCUGCGCCGUGGCUUGACGACUCAUUGCAAGCUCACAGAAGAGGGCUCCGGGCAGCCGAGUGGAAAUGGAGGAAAACUAAACUCCCUGCGGACCUGUCAUCUUUUCACUCCCUCCUCUCUACAUUCUCUUCCUCUGUUUCCGCUGCUAAAGCCACUUUCUACCACACUAAAUGUCAAGCCUCUGCCUCUAACCCUAGGAAGCUCUUUGCCACCUUCUCCUCCCUGCUGAAUCCCCCUCCUCCUGCCCCUCCCUCCUCCCUCUCUAUGGAUGACUUCGUCAACCAUUUUGAAAAGAAGGUUGACGACAUCCGAUCCUCAUUUAUCAAGUCAAAUGACACCUCUGGUCCUGCUCACACUGCCCUACGCUAUGCUUUGACUUCUUUCUCCCCUCUCUCUCCAGAUGAAAUAUUGCGACUUGUGACGGCCGGCUGCCCAACAACCUGCCCGCUUGACCCUAUCCCCUUCUCUCUUCUCCAGUCCAUUUCCGGAGACCUUCUCCCUUACCUCACCUCGCUCAUCAACUCAUCCUUGACCGCUGGCCAUGUCCCUUCCAUCUUCAAGAGAGUGAGAGUUGCACCCCUCCUCCAGACCAGUAUCCCUUCUUUAUUUUCUCUCCAAAACUCUUGAGCUUGCCGACUCUAGCCAACUCUCCUGCUAUCUCUCUCAGAAUGACCUUCUUGAUCCAAACCAGUCAGGUUUCAAGACUGGUCAUUCAACUGAGACUGCUCUUCUCUGUGUCACAGAGGCUCUCCGCACUGCUAAAGCUAACUCUCUCUCCUCUGCUCUUAUCCUUCUAGACCUAUCCGCUGCCUUUGAUACUGUAAACCAUCAGAUCCUCCUCUCCACCCUCUCCGAGUUGGGCAUCUCCGGCGCUGCUCACUCUUGGAUUGCGUCCUACCUGACAGGUCGCUCCUACCAGGUGGCGUGGCGAGAAUCUGUCUCCGCACCACGUGCUCUCACCACUGGUGUCCCCCAGGGCUCAGUUCUAAGCCCUCUCCUAUUCUCUCUAUACACCAAGUCACUUGGCUCUGUCAUAUCCUCAUAUGGUCUCUCCUAUCAUUGCUACGCAGACGACACACAAUUAAUUUUCUCCUUUCCCCCUUCUGAUAACCAGGUGGCGAAUCGCAUCUCUGCAUGUCUGGCAGACAUAUCAGUGUGGAAGUCGGAUCACCACCUCAAGCUGAACCUCGGCAAGACGGAGCUGCUCUUCCUCCCGGGGAAGGACUGCCCGCUCCAUGAUCUCGCCAUCACGGUUGACAACUCCAUUGUGUCCUCCUCCCAGAGUGCAAAGAACCUUGGCGUGACCCUGGACAACACCCUGUCAUUCUCCGCUAACAUCAAAGCGGUGACCCGAUCCUACAGGUUCAUGCUCUACAACAUUUGCAGAGUACGACCCUACCUUACACAGAAAGCGGCACAGGUCCUAAUCCAGGCACUUGUCAUCUCCCGUCUGGAUUACUGCAACUCGCUGUUGGCUGGGCUCCCUGCCUGUGCCAUUAAACCCCUACAACUUAUCCAGAACGCCGCAGCCCGUCUGGUGUUCAACCUUCCCAAGUUCUCUCAUGUCACCCCGCUCCUCCGCUCACUCCACUGGCUUCCAGUUGAGGCUCGCAUCUACUACAAGACCAUGGUGCUUGCCUACCGAGCUGUGAGGGGAAUGGCACCUCCUUACCUUCAGGCUCUGAUCAGACCCUACACCCAAACGAGGGCACUACGUUCAUCCACCUCUGGCCUGCUAGCUCCCCUAUCUCUACAGAAGUACAGUUCUCGCUCAGCCCAGUCAAAGCUAUUCGCUGCUCUGGCACCCCAAUGGUGGAACAAGCUCCCCCACGACGCCAGGACAGUGGAGUCACUGACCACCUUCCGGAGACACUUGAAACCCUACCUCUUUAAGGAAUACCUGGAAUAGUAUAAAGUAAUUAUUCUACACCCCCCCCCCCCCCCCCAACCCCCCAUAUAAAAAAUAUAAAAAAUAAAUAAAGUGGUUGUCCCACUGGCUAUCAUAAGUUGAAUGCAUCAAUUUGUAAGUCACUCUGGACAAGAGCGUCUGCUAAAUGAUGUAAAUGUAAAUGUAAUUGAGGUAAUAUAUACAUGUGGGUUGAGUUAAAGUGACUAUGCAUAAAUAAUAAACAGAGUAGCAGCAGCGUAAAAGAGGGGGUUGGGGUGGGGUGGGGGGAAAUGCAAAUAGUCUGUGUAGCUUUGAUUAGCUGUUCAGGAGUCUUAUGGCUUGGGUGUAGAAGCUGUUAAGAAGCCUUUUGGACCUAGACUUGGCGCUCCGGUACUGCUUGCCGUGCGGUAGCAGAGAGAACAGUCUAUGACUAGGGUGGCUGGAGACUUUGACCAUUUUUAGGGCCUUCCUCUGACACCGCCUGGUAUAGAGGUCCUUGAUGGCAGGAACCUUGGCCCCAGUGAUGUACUGGGCCGUACGCACUACCCUCUGUAGUGCCUUGCGGUCGGAGGCCGAGCAGUUGCCACACCAGGCGGUGAUGCAACCAGUCAGGCUGCUCUCGAUGGUGCAGCUGUAGAACUUUUUGAGGAUCUGAGGACCCAUGCCAAAUCUUUUCAGUCUCCUGAGGGGGAAUAGGCUUUGUCGUGCCCUCUUCACAACUGUCUUGAUGUGUUUGGACCAUGAUAGUUUGUUGGUGAUGUGGACACCAAGGAACUGGAAGCUCUAAACUUGUUCCACUACAGCCCUGUCGAUGAGAAUGGGGACGUGCUCAGUCCUCUUUUUGUUCCUGUAGUCCACAAUCAUCUCCUUUGUCUUGAUCAUGUUGAGGGAGAGGUUGUUAUCCUGGCACCACACGGCCAGGUCUCUGACCUCCUCCCUAUAGGCUGUCUCAUCGUUGUCUGUGAUCAGGCCUACCACUGUUGUGUCGUCUGCAAACUUAAUGAUGGUGUUGGAGUCGUGCCUGGCCAUGCAGUCAUGGGUGAACAGGGAGUACAGGAGGGGACUGAGCACGCACCCCUGAGGGGCCCCCGUCAGGAAGUCCAGGAUCCAGUUGCAGAGGGAGGUGUUUAGUCCCAGGGUCCUUAGCGUAGUGAUGAGCUUUGAGGGCACUAUGGUGUUGAACGCUGAGCUGUACUCAAUGAAUAGCAUUCUCACGUAGGUGUUCCUCUUGUCCAGAUGGGAAAGGGCAGUGUGGAGUGCAAUAGAGAUUGCAUCAUCAUUGGAUCUGUUGGGGCGGUAUGCAAAUUAGAGUGGGUCUAGGGUUUCUGGGAUAAUGGUGUUGAUAUGAGCCAUGACCAGCCUUUCAAAGCACUUCAUGGCUACAGACGUGAGUGCUACGGGUCGGUAGUCAUUUAGGCAGGUUACCUUAGUGCUCUUGGGCACAGUGACUAUGGUGGUGUGCUUGAAACAUGUUGGUAUUACAGACUCAGUCAGGGACAUGUUGAAAAUGUCAGUGAAGACACUUGCCAGUUGGUCAGCACAUGCUCGGAGUACACGUCCUGGUACUCCGUCUGGCCCUGCGGCCUUGUGAAUGUUGACCUGCUUAAAAGUCUUACUCACAUCGGCUUUGGAGAGCGUGAUCACAUAGUCAUCAGGAACAGCUGGAUGCUCUCCUGCAUGCAGUGUUGCUUUCCUCGAAACGAGCAUAGAAGUGAUUUAGCUCGUCUGGUAGGCUUGUGUCACUGGGCAGCUCGCGUCUGUGCUUCCCUUUUGUAGUCUGUAAUAGUUUUCAAGCCCUGCCAAUUUGUUGUGGCUAACGUUAGCUAGGUGGCUAACGCUAACGUUAGCUAUGUGGCUACGUUAGCUAGGUGUUAGGGUUAGGGGUUAAGGUUAGCGUUAAGGUUAGGAGUUAGGUUAAAGAUUUAAGGUUAGGGUUAUGGGAAGGGUUAGCUAACAUGCUAAGUAAUUGCAAAGUAGCUAAAAAGUAGUAAGUAGUUGCAAAGUUGCUAAAAUGCUAAAAUUGUCCCAGAUUUGCUUUUACUAUGUUAUGUCUAGUCUAUGAGACCAGGCUGGGAUUUUACAAUGAAUACACCACCCACCUUUCCCUUGUCGCUGACUCUCUCUCUCUUUCUCAUUCAGGGUCUCCUGGUGGUUCUGUGCCCUCCCCUACAGUGUCCUCAUCUUCAUCUAUGACGAGAUCCGCAAGCUCAUCAUCAGGAGGUGUCCUGGAGGUGGGUGACAUAGAGUAACAUAGUGACACAUAGGUGAUAAAAAAAAGCAGUGGUGUAAAGUAAAAAUACUUUAAAGUACUACUUAAGUAGUUUUUGGGGUGUAUCUGUACUUUACUAUUUAUAUUUCGGACAGCUUUUACUUCACUACAUUCCUAUAGAAAUUAAAGUACAUUUUACUCCAUACAUUUUCCCUGACACCCAGAAGUACUCGUUACAUUUUGAAUGCUUAGCAGGACAGGAAAAUGGUCAAAUUCAUACUCUUAUCAAGAGAAACUCCCUGGUCAUCCCUACUGCUGCUGAUCUGGCGGACUUACUAAACACACAUGCUUUGUUUGUAAAUGAUGUCUGAGUGAGACCCUGGCUAUCCGUAAAUACAUAAAAAUAAAAAAAAUGGUGCCUUCUGGUUUGCUUAAUAUAAGGAAUUUGAAAUGAUUUAUACUUUUACUUUUGAUACUUACGUAUAUUUUACCGAUUACAUUUAUUUUUUAUACUUAAGUAUAUUUAAAACCAAAUACUUUGAGACUUCUACUCAAUUAGUAUUUUACUGGGUGACUUUCACUUUUGCUUGAGUCAUUUUUUAUUAAGGUAUCUUUUACUCAAGAAUGACAAUUGGGUACUUUUUCCACCACUGAUAAAAAGUGACUUAGCGUGACAUAGAAUAUGUGCCAUAGAGGGACACAGAGACACAGAAGAUGCCGGUUGUCUGUCACUGAGACAAAAAUAUUCAAAAAAGUUAAUUUAUCAUGACAGUUAAUCGCUCAUGUUGAUUAGUCAUGUUAAUAAUCAGAUUGAUGUGCUGGGGAUCAGAGAGUCACUGAGUUAAAAGGGACUUUUCAUAUUGAAACACAUAGAUGAAGAGAUAAUGGGAUAUAAUGACGUUGUCUAAUAGGUUAUCUUAGUGUUCUUGGGCACAGGGACUAUGGUGGUCUGCUUGAAACAUGUUGGUAUUACAUACUCAGUCAGGGACAUGUUGAAAAUGUCAGUGAAGACACCUGCCAGUUGGUCAGCGCAUGCUCGGAGUACACGUCCUGGUAAUCCGUCUGGCACUGCGGCCUUGUGAAUGUUGACCUGCUUAAAAGUCUUACUCACAUCGGCUACAGAGAGCGUGAUCACAUAGUCAUCAGGAAUAGCUGAUGCUCUCAUGCAUGCUUCAGUGUUGCUUGCCUCGAAACGAGCAUAGAAGUGAUUCAGCUCGUCUGGUAGGCUUGUGUCACUGGGCAGCUCGCGGCUGUGCUUCCCUUUGUAGUCUGUAAUAGUUUUCAAGCCCUGCCAAUUUGUUGUGGCUAACGUUGGCUAGGUGGCUAACGCUAACGUUAGCUAGGUGGCUAACGUUAGCUAGGUGUUAGGGUUAGGGGUUAAGGUUAGCUUUAAGAUUAGGAGUUAGGUUAAAGGGUUAAGGUUAGGGUUAUGAUUUUAAAAAGUUCAUUUAUCAUGACAGUUAAUUGCUCAUGGUAAUUAGUCAUGUUAAUAAUCAGAUUGAUGUGCUGGGGAUCAGAGAGUCACUGAGUUAAAAGGGCCUUUUCAUAUUGAAACGCUUGGAUGAAGAGAUAAUGGGAUAUAAUGACAUUGUCUAAUAGAGUCGUAUUCGUGUCUGACUAUUCUUUUUCUUUCUCUUUUAUAGGUUGGGUGGAACAGGAGACUUAUUAUUAA